AUGGUGUUUCCUUAUAACCUCAAUAAAAACGUCCUGCUGGGAUCUUUACCCCUGGUCGCCACCUCAGACUCGGGUUACUCAUUAACAGGGAGGCAGAUAAAAGCAGCGAGGAAGCAGAGCGGCUCAUCUCAGCUCAUCAUGUCUGCGUCGGUGGCGUCUUCAUCGUUGGCCGGUGUGACGGUCAUCACCCAGGUUUACCCUGCAGCCCCGGGGGCCCAAGGGGGCCCGCCGCUGGGCCCCCAGGGUGCCACACAGAGACGGUUGCUGGCACUAGGGACGGUGCAGAUCAUGAUCGGCCUGCUGGUCCUCCUCUUCGGGAUCGGGAUGGUGAUCCUCCCAAACUCGAUCGCCGUGUACAGCGGCAUCUUCGUGUGGGGAGCCGUGUUUUACAUCCUGGCAGGCUCUCUGACGGUGGCUGCCACCAGGUCCAUGGACCGCUGCAAGGUGAACGCGGCCCUGACCCUCAGCAUCAUCGCUACCCUGCCCUCUGGUGUCGCCAUCAUCCUCCACUUUAUUGACACCAGUGGGCUCGGCAUGAUCGGUUGCUAUGGAUACUAUGACUGUUACGAGUGGCAGAGCAGCACUGUUGCUCUGAUCUCUGUGGCUCCAUAG